AUUUAUUUCACUUUCCUUUUUAUUUUCUCCUCUCCAAAAACCUGCGAAUUUCAAACCCAAAUUUCCCCAUCAUAUUUAAAUAAAUCAAACCCAAUCUCUCUCUCUCUCUCUCUUCAAUUGCAUUUUCAGCGGAAAAACCCAAAUCGGAGUUUUCUUCUACAGUCAAGUUUCAGAUUCUGACCUGCGGAAUCGUGGAAUCCAAGUGCCGUUCAGUUUCGUGUUGGUGAAAUGAGAAGGAGAAGUUGCAUGUUGUGAGAAGAAGUUUUGCGUCAAAGCUUCUUUAUGGCAGCUAAUCGCGUUUAUGAAGCAUGGAAAGGAAGUAAUAAAUUCCUGUUUGGAGGAAGGUUGAUAUUUGGGCCUGACGCAAAGUCAUUGCUUAUCAGUUUGGUGCUGGUCAUAGUUCCAGUUAUCAUCUUUUGUGUAUUUGUAGCAAGGCAUCUUCGGCAUGAAUUUUCUUCAUAUAAUGCAGGAUAUGCUAUUUUGGUGGUGGCAGUUCUCUUCAAUAUUUAUGUGUUGAUACUUCUCUUUUUUACUUCUGCACGCGAUCCGGGCAUUAUUCCAAGGAAUUUACAUCCGCCCGAGGAAGAUUUCCGUUAUGAUUCGUCUGUUUCUAUUGACAUUGGGGGACGGCAGACACCAAGCCUUCAGUUCCCUCGAACAAAGGAGGUAAUGGUCAAUGGCCUUCCUGUAAGAGUGAAGUAUUGCGAGACCUGUAUGCUGUAUCGUCCUCCUCGUUGCUCACAUUGUUCCAUCUGCAACAAUUGUGUUCAACGUUUUGAUCAUCAUUGCCCUUGGGUUGGCCAAUGCAUUGGACUGAGGAACUACCGUUACUUCUUUAUGUUUGUUUCUUCGGCAACUCUUCUAUGCAUCUAUGUGUUUUCGAUCUCAGCUUUUUACAUCAAGGUUCUGAUGGAUCAUAAUCAUGGGACAGUGUGGAAGGCAAUGAAAGAAUCCCCUGCAUCUGUUGUACUAAUGGCAUAUUGUUUCAUUGCUCUGUGGUUUGUUGGUGGACUAACUGGCUUUCAUUUGUACCUUAUUGGUACAAACCAGACCACCUAUGAAAACUUUCGAUACAGAGCAGAUAGCAGGGUCAAUGUUUACAAUCGGGGUUGUAUAAAUAAUUUUCUCGAAGUAUUUUGUACAAAAGUGCAGCCUUCAAAAAACAAUUUUCGAGCUUUUAUUCAAGAAGAGGUACAGAGGCCACCUCCUCAAGUUGUUUCCCCGGAACUGGAACCAGAUUCAGGAGGAGAUCAUCGUUCUAAGGUUGAAGAUGAUCUAGACAUCGGUGAAGACCUAUUGAAGAUAUCACAGCGCCGGAAUAUUGAAGGAUUUGAUGAAGAAAUUCGGAGUAGAGGGAGCAAUGGACCUUACCAUAAUACUUCCGAAGGUGAUUCAGUUUUGGGCUCAGAUCGUCGAGCUCCAACAGUUCGAUCUGACGAAAGGCACUCAAGUAGGAGAAUAAGUGAAAGCUGGGAAAUUGCACCAGAUGCACUUGCCAAUUCAAAUGUAACUGAAACUAGAAGCUAUGUUUCUUCGCGUCAUUGAUUUCAGUUUCUUUGAUGUUUGCACAACAUAUCAACUUUAGGUGAUAUGGUUUUACUUAUAUAUAUAAAAAAAGUUGGAAUAGGAAAUAUUUUCUUAAUCAGAGUUUACCAUUAUAGGAAUGUGAAUUGAAUUGAUUGAGGCAUUAAUUAGAAAAACUUAUGACAUUUUUUAGUAAUCUUGGCUCUUGUAGUAAAUUAUAGGAAUGUGUUUGUUCAA